CGUCAUCAUCACCUCUCCCUCCGUCCUCACCAUCACUCUUUCUCUCGACGCUACUAUCCCAUCUCCAAUCCCUACGGGGCAUCUUCCCCACUUACUGGGAAUUUUAUCUGCUCCGAAUUCAGCAGACAUUCCCUCCCUUUACGAUCCGAGCAUUCAAAUAUCGGCAGACACCCCACAUUUGCCUUCCUCGACGACAUCUUGGCGAUCGAGGUGAAGCAAGAUGGCGACGGCUAUGCGGGGGUUGACUCAGUACAUCUCGGACUUGCGGCAGUGCCGUGUCCGGGAGGCCGAAGAGAAGCGCGUCAACCGUGAGAUGGCGCACAUUCGACAAAAGUUCAAGGACGGUAACUUGGACGGGUAUCAGAAGAAGAAGUAUCUGUCUAAGGUCGUCUUCACGUAUAUUCUGGGGUACAAGGUUGACGUCGGCCAUAUGGAGGCCGUCAAUCUCAUCAGCAGCAACAAGUAUUCAGAGAAGCAGAUCGGCUACUUGGCUAUCACGCUGUUGAUGCACGAGAACUCCGAUCUCGUGCGACUGGUGAUCAACUCGAUCCGAAAGGACCUUGAGGACCGGAACGAGAUCAGCAACUGUCUGGCACUGCAUGCCAUUGCCAACCUCGGCGGCAAGGAGAUGGCCGAGGCGCUCGCGGAGCCUGUAUUCCGCUCGAUGAUUAGCCCUACAUCCACUACCUUCGUCAAGAAGAAGGCAGCCCUCACGCUGCUGCGGUUGUACCGCAAGCACCCCAGCGUGAUGCCUGUUGAGGAGUGGGCCGAGCGCAUUAUCCCUCUCAUUGGCGAACGCGACCAGGGUGUCGCAAUGACCGUCGUCAGUGUCGUUACAGCGAUGGCGCAGGACAACCUGGAGGUGUUCUCCGCAUGCUACCAGCGUGCCGUGGACAGGCUAGACAAGAUUGUGUUCGACUCGGAGACGCCAGCAACAUACGUGUACUACAAGGUUCCCAACCCAUGGCUUCAGAUCAAGCUGCUUCGACUUCUUCAGUACUACCCUCCCCCAGAUAACCCAGAGGUGAUCGAGAUGGUCAACGGUGUGGUGCAAGCAAUCAUCGACAUGUCGCAGGAAACUCCAAGAAAUGUCCAGCACAACAAUGCUCAAAAUUCGGUCCUUUUCGAGGCCAUCAACCUUGCCAUUCACCUCGACCCAGAAUCCAAGGUAGUGUCCAACGCUUCCGUUCUGCUAGGCAAGUUUAUUCUGGCCCGGGAAACCAACGUUCGUUAUCUCGGUUUGGACGCGAUGGCGCACUUGGCCGCGUGCUCGACCUCACUCGAGCCCGUCAAGAGACACCAAGACACGAUUAUCCUCAGUCUCAAAGACCGUGAUAUUUCCGUCCGGCGCCGCGCACUCGAUCUCCUUUACUCCAUGUGUGACACGUCCAACUCGAAGCGGAUUGUGGGCGAGCUUCUGCGUUACCUCCAGGUUGCGGACUACAACCUGCGCGAGGAGAUGGUGCUCAAGAUCGCCAUCUUAACCGAGCGGUUUGCAACAGAGUAUGAGUGGUACAUCGAUACUAUCCUGGAGCUUAUCUCGACCGCUGGUGACCACGUUGGGGCCGAGGUUUGGUAUCGUGUGGUUCAGCUCGUGACCAACAACGAAGACCUUCAGGCCUACGCGUCUGGGGCAGUCUACACCCAUCUCCAAGCCCAGCAGUGCCAUGAGAACAUGGUGAAGGUCGGAGGCUACAUCCUGGGCGAGUUUGGGCACCUGAUUGCAAAUGAGAACGGGUGCAGCCCGAUAGAGCAGUUCCACGCUCUGCACUCCAAAAUCAACAUCUGCACCGCACCCACCCGAGCGCUACUUCUUACGACAUAUCUUAAGUGGGUCAAUUUGUUCCCCGAAAUUAAGGAGCAUCUGAUCAACAUCUUCCGGCGAUACACACACGUGCUGGACGCCGAACUGCAGCAGCGUGCUUGCGAAUACUUGGCUUUGGCAACACGGGACGACGACGACGAGCUCUUGCAAGCCGUCUGCGAUGAGAUGCCCGUCUUCCCGGAGCGCGAGUCUGCGCUUAUCUCACGGUUGCACAGCCGAGGGGACAAGGCGCAGGACAAGCGCACAUGGGUAAUUGGGCAUCAGUCGGAGAACAAGGGCCGCAUUGCGGAGAAGUUCAAGAACUUCCGCAAGGGGUCGACUGCACCGGACUCGCCCGAAGACGCCUCUCCGGCACUUCCCCAGCAGCGCUCGGUGCCUGAACCCCAGCCAACAAUCCUUGAGCCACCGCAACGGCAGGACACAAUCGAGCCGAUGAUGGGCGGUGGCAUGUCGGAGGAUAUCAUGGCAUCGUUGGCCGGCCUCGACCUCACGUCCACACCUACGGGUGAGGGGUUGCUGUCUGGUCAGAUUGAGAACGGCACGAUAACUGGCGAGCCUGCCGUUAUGACCCCUACGGUGCUGUCGCCCGCGACUGAGCGGCCGGACGACUUCCUGCACAACGCGACGCUGGGCGGUGUCAGCCCAUCACUCCUUGCACCCGUCACUGUCGCGCCAAAUAUCGACAAGUGGCUUGAGCGGCUCUCAUACGCCACUGAAGGCGUGCUGUACGAGGAUAAGCAGGUGCAAAUCGGUGUCAAGGCUGAGUAUCACGGGCAUCUCGGGCGCAUUGCCUUGUUUAUUGGUAAUAAGAUUUCAACGCCAUUCACCUCUGUAUCAGCCAAGAUUGAGAACACAACGCCCGACGCACUUAACAUCAAGUUCCACGACCUGCCUGUUGACAGAAUCGAACCGCUCGCCCAGAUCCAAGAGAUGAUUCAGCUGGAAUGCAAGAGCCCGUUCUCCAGCCAGCCAAUCCUUCGCUUCACGUACCUGGCUGGUAGUUUUACGACCCUGGUCCUCCGCCUUCCGGUGUUCCUCACUCGCUUCAUCGAGGGAGUCAACUUUGACCAAGCCCAGUUCUUUGAGCGCUGGAAGAUUAUCGGCGGGCCUCCUCGCGAGGCGCAGCAGAUCUUCCCUAUCAAGCUCACGGAGUCGGGUGAUGUCGACGUCGAGCGCAACCGUCGCAUCAUGGCUGGGCAACGCGUCUCGGUUCUCCCCAACAUCGACCACAACCCUAACAAUAUGGUUCUUGCCGGUGUACUGCACAUGAGCAAGACAGGCAAGGUGGGGAUCUUGGGUCGCGUGGAGCCCAACAAGGACGCAAAGCUGUGCCGGUUGACAGUGCGCAGCACGAACGAGGCCGUAUCUGCCGAGAUGCUCAAGCUCUUGAGCCAGCCUCUGAACGUUGAUACAGCGGCGUCGCUCUAGUCUGUUGUCCAAAUGUACCUCUUUCAGUAUACCAAAUGUCACGACGUAAUGAUGAAGCCAUGAAGCAGAAUGAAGUGGU